UCACGAUCACGGGGACGUGGUGUGAGCUCACCUGGUAGAAGACCAAGAAAUGACUACCUCUUUAAGAGAAGCUCUUCCCACUUUCCAAUAAUCCCCAAGAGUGUGGGCUCAGAAAGUAUUUUCUCUUUCAAACUGCCCAGACAACUUGAACAAGACUUAGGCAUACAGAAGAAAAGAAGACAAAGAUAAGGUGACCAUGGGGAAGAGAGUGGCCAUCAUUGGAGCUGGUGUCAGUGGCUUGGCCUCCAUCAGGAGCUGUCUGGAAGAGGGGCUGGAGCCUACCUGCUUUGAGAGGAGCGAUGACAUCGGGGGCCUGUGGAAAUUCUCAGACCAUGCAGAAGAGGGCAGAGCUAGCAUUUACCAGUCGGUCUUCACCAACUCUUCCAAGGAGAUGAUGUGUUUCCCAGACUUCCCAUAUCCUGAUGACUUUCCCAACUUUAUGCACAACAGCAAGAUCCAGGAAUAUAUUAUUGCAUUUGCCAAAGAAAAGAACCUCCUGAAAUACAUACAAUUUAAGACCCUUGUGUCCCGUGUAAAUAAGUGCCCGAAUUUCUCAAUUACUGGCCAAUGGGAGGUUAUCACUGAAAAAGAUGGCAAAAAAGAAUCAGCUAUCUUUGAUGCUGUGAUGAUUUGUUCUGGACAUCAUGUGUACCCCAACAUACCAAAAGAGUCCUUUCCAGGACUAAAACGUUUUAAAGGCAAAUGCCUCCACAGCAGGGACUAUAAGGAGCCGGGCGCGUUCAAGGGAAAGCGAGUCCUGGUGGUUGGCCUGGGGAACUCGGGCUGUGACAUCGCCACGGAACUCAGCCACACAGCUCGCCAGGUCAUCAUCAGCUCCAGAAGUGGCUCCUGGGUGAUGAGCCGGGUGUGGGACGAUGGCUACCCUUGGGACAUGAUGAUUGUCACUCGAUUCAAAACCUUGCUCAAGAACAACUUACCGACAGCCAUCUCGAACUGGUUGUACGUGAAGCAGAUGAAUGCAAGAUUCAAGCACGAGAACUAUGGCUUGAUGCCUUUAAAUGGAGUCCUGAGGAAAGAGCCUGUGUUUAAUGAUGACCUCCCAGCCCGCAUCCUGUGUGGCACCCUGUCCAUUAAGCCUAACGUGAAGGAGUUCACGGAGACCUCAGCCAUUUUUGAGGACGGGACCAUGUUUGAGGCCAUUGACUGUGUCAUUUUUGCAACAGGCUAUGAAAGUGCCUACCCCUUCCUUGAUGAGUCCAUUAUCAAAAGCAGAAGCAAUGAGGUCACCUUGUUUAAAGGCAUCUUCCCCCCUCUACUAGAGAAGUCUACCAUGGCAAUAAUUGGCCUUGUCCAGUCCCUUGGGGCUGCCAUCCCCACAGCUGACCUCCAAGCCCGCUGGGCAGCACAAGUAAUAAAGGGAACUUGUACUUUGCCUUCUGAGAAAGAUAUGAUGAAUGACAUCGAUGAAAAAAUGGGAAGAAAGCUCAAAUGGUUUGGCACCAGCGAGACCAUACAGACGGAUUAUGUUGCUUACAUGGAUGAACUUGCCUCUUUCAUUGGAGCAAAGCUCAACAUCCCGUGGCUGUUUCUCACAGAUCCCAAAUUGGCUGUGGAAGUUUUCUUUGGCCCUUGCAGCCCCUACCAGUUUAGGCUGGUGGGCCCAGGCAAGUGGCCAGGAGCCAGAAAUGCCAUCCUGACCCAGUGGGACCGGGCUCUGAAACCCAUGAAGACACGAGUUGUUGGGAGUCUUCAGAAGCCUUGCUUGUUUUGCAGUUGGUUCAAGCUCCUUGCUAUUGCUAUUCUGUUAAUUGCCAUUUUCCUUGUGUUGUUGUAAUCAUCACUCCCUUUAACCAUCAUUCCCGUUAAUCAUCAUUUCUGAAAGUUACUGACAGUACCCAGGUGGAAACUUCACCAUUUAAAAAUUAAGAUUUUCACACCUCCUACACCUUUUAAAUAAGUCCGUUUAGGAAUCAUGUCAUGAUCUAAAAAGUGCAUUAAUCAUACCUCCUCAGGCUCCACUAACACUUCAUAAUCAGAACUAUGUGCUUUAUGUCUAACUUAAAUUAUCUCCUGAAACAUGUUGACAUAAUCUCUUUUGUUCUUUAGAAAAUGUUUGAAAUCUGUAUUUCAAAUCUAAAUGAAGAGCAAAUUAAGCCAAAUAAUUAUAAUGUGAUAUUCCCAAGCCACCUUGGGAAUAAACCAUUUGCAGGAUAAAAGGGAGAGUCUGGCUACUAUAUUUCAUUUUUGUUUUGUGCAGUAUGCUCCAAGCAAGACCUUCUCUCCCCUGGCUAAGAAACAUAGCACCCAGACCUGGUCUAUAUUGAAAAUUAACACAAAGUAACUCGAUUUAUUUAUAUUCUCAACGAGGAAAAAAAUUUUCCAACAUUUAAGAGUAAAAAAAAAAUAACAACAACAAUAACAAGUAUUAUACCAAACAUACGUUUUAGCUGAAGGGAAGCCUUUUUAAAAAUUAAAUAUUCAGCCAAAACUGUGACCAAAGCCUAAUACUACACUUACAGGUUGAAACUCUGGGGUACCAGAAUGAACCUAAAAGUUUAUUUUCAAAGUGAACAUUAUUACCUUUUAUUAUUAAAAAUUUGAUUAUUAUAAUUUUUAAAUUUUGACAUUGUAGAGCAGAUAAAACAAUCUGUCAGCAUCAUCAGUCAUUAGAAGGCUCCACCGGUUAUGCUACAUAUUUCUCACUACACCUUCACUUCCAACUUCGGUCUGUGGAGCAAAUAUAUGUAUUGAGAGAAGGAGAUCACAUUUUUAUCUAAUGCUUUCUUCUUUUCUAUUGUUUUUCUCCUUUUAUUUUUAUCUUGGAAGCUGAAAUUUAUCAUGGAUCUUGUACACAAUUUAAAUUUUUUCUUUUCCUAUGUAUGGUAGCAAAGUAACAUUCUGCUUUUAAGAUCUUCAUACCAGCUGUGAAAUAUUUCCAAAUAUUGCCAAGUGAAACAAAACUUUUCUUGAAAACCUAUGGUGUAAAUGAAAUCAAGUAACUAAAAAUUAUAAUAAAUACAGCCCAUAAGGUUUAUUUCAUUUAAUGAUAUAAAUGCUAGUACACAAAUAAAAUUG